AUGUUUGUUAGUGACAACGAUGAUUAUCUCCCCGAGCCACAGGCCCCAGGAGAUCAUCAUAUGCACGAGGAGCGCUUACGCCGGCUUGAAGAGAACUUCGCACUACUCCUUAACCAGCGGUCUGUAGGGAAUGCGUCGGGGCCAAAGGAAAGUACUCCCAAAGCGAGAGUAACCGCUGUGGCUGCAGAUGUACAGGCUGCGGAUGAGCGUUCACUGAAACUAACAUACGAACUGCGUGAACUUGUGCCGCAUCUCUCUCCAGGGUUCGAUUGCUGUUCGGCCGAUGCGCUCCUGUUGCUCUCAGCCAUACGAAAUGGUUCUCACGGCCGUGGAUGUGAGUCAUGGGAGGACCGUCUAGCAGUAGUAAAGGCGGAGAAGCGGUCGCUUCAUCACCAGUUGGAGAAAAAGGCUCAGGAGUGUGAAGAGCUAAAGAAUGCUGUAGCGGAAAUGAAGCAGAGGCUUAAGGCGGAACGUCAGGAAGCUCUUUCAUCAGUCAAUGUCUUGUCACAAAGGCGAGAGCAGGUUAGAAAGCAGCUACUGUUAGAAGAGUCACGUUCGCAGAAAUUACAGGUGCGCAAUGGUCAGUUAGAGUCAGAGUUGGAACGUCUCAAAGACAUGCUUCACUCUUGCAUGCGUCGUUAA